AUGAACGGGAACAGUAACAAUCUCAACGUGACGCCUCCAAACUUGCUUCCUCAAGGCAUAAUCCAUCCUCAACCCAAUGGUGAGUUUCUUGCCUACUUAUUUUAUGGACCAUUUUUUGUUCCCAGGCGCAUUCCUUCCGAAUACCGUCGCAGGAGCUUCUUCCGCAUUUUUAAUGAAUGCAAUGAAUCAAAUGGCUUCCUGGUAUCAAUUGACUCGGGAGCCGAGAUUACGAAUGGCUUCAGGUACAAACAAGCCAAAACUUCUUCAAAAACGUUUACAAUUUCAGCUGCAACGUUGACAUCACCCUCUACGGUCAACCCAUUCAUGUUGCAACCGAAACCGAAUCUCCUACUUCAGCCAUCCCUAGACUUUCUUAAUCUUAAUAUGGGAUCACUUUUAUGUUGUAAGUUUGAGCCGUUUAGAUUUUUGUAAUACAUUGUUCUUACAGAUAAUAACAUGAAUGCAGCGCUUUUGCUCGCUGGAAAUGCCGCCCAGGGAAUUCCGAACACAUCUUCUUCAAACAACAAUCGUCCCGUUUCACCUGAACGGCCGGAAAAAGCGAAAGAAACUGCACGAGAAUCAAGCGAGGGUUCAUCUGUUAAAGGACCUCCGUCACUUCUCCGCGCUGAAAACCCGGACGAGAGUGACUCGGAAGUGGAAAUUGGUGAGGAAUAGUGUAGUGUAUUUGCUUUUCUCUCAAAAUCAAAACUUUUCAGAUGUCGGCACUCAUCCUCCAACCAAUUCAAUUUAUGAUCAAAUUAAGUUGCAGCCGAUGGCUGUUCCAUGGGAGCAUAGCUCCACUUCGUCUUUUCUGUUGGUCAAUACUCUCGCUCCCUCUACAGGUAACAUUUUGAAGCAACCAGCUCAUAGAUUAAAACACGUGGAAAUCGGAAUAUCUUUGCAAACAAAAAGCAAACAUUUAGUAGGAAAUUUGGAAACCAACUGACAGAUCUGCAGAAAGAAAGGAGUAUAAAUUCCAUUAUGUCCAAAAGUGGCCGACUGCAAUGAUCGCAACACAUCUUGCAAGUCGUAAAAAAUACUAUUAUUAGUGUUCUUCAUCUGAUUAGAUGCGUUUGAGCAAUAAAGUUGAUUUUCAGCUGCUCUCCCGGCUUCCUCACAAACUGAAAUUCCAAAACUUUCCCUGGAAGAGAUCAUUUUGAAAACUGUUCGAAAAAACGAGGAAAAACCAGUUCCAUUGGCUCCAGUACCCGCGGGUAAUUCCCAAAACUUGUAUCAGCGGAGACAAAAGUUUUUAGAUAUCGUCACUCAAACGCCUUUGUGCACAGAGCCUGUAAGCGAAAUUUCCGCACAGGCACCCGUUGCACUGGCUUCUUCCACUUUGGCUCUUCCGAUGGAAAAGUUCCCCACUCAUACUUCAGGUUAAAAUAUGAAACCAUCACCUGGAAAUCAAUUUUCUAAUUUCAGAAACUGAUCACGUGGCAACUGCAAUCGAAGACAAUGUGAAGUUAGACAACCUGGACAAAAGAUCUCCACUAGCGCCAUCAGAAAAGUCCGGGAUAUGUGAAGGACAAAAGAAAGGUUCGCAUUACCGACAAAAAUGAACUAAGCACGGGCGGUUUUUGUUGUCUUCUUUGUUUUUAAAUAUGCAGGCUCGGCAGGCAACGAGACUGGCCCGAAAUAAUUCAAAUCUGAAUAACAUAAUGUCUUCCAGUCAAUGAAAAGUCAAGCGUGGUCGAAUCUGCUCCGAUAAUCGAACCUUCACAUAAAGCUCCGAUUGCGGAUCACGCUAUGUCUCCUAUGAAGGUUUUCAAUGGACAAAAACAACGUCCGAUGAUUCCAAAUGCUCAGACAGCUGAAGAUGUUCGAACAGACUCAAUUGAGAAGGAUGAUGCGUCUCCAGUGAAGGAACUUCAGGAUCAACGCCCAAUUACUCCAAAUGCUUGGACCGCUGAAGUUGGGCACAAUGCUUUAUCUGAUCAGCGUAGAUUGUCUCCAAUGGAUGUUCACGAAACUCUGGAUCCGGUUCCAAUGACUUCAGAUGUUCGAGUUGCUGAAGCUUUGCGGAAUGCUACUGCAGAAAUUUGCGACGCUCAACGUACAGAUUCGAUGGGUGCAGCUGUUUCGUCGGCCGAAUGUCUGCAAAACGUUCCGUCCGAAAAGCACAAGAUGCCUUUACUGGAGAACAUCGGCGCGCAGGACCGACCAAAAAGUUCAAAUGCUCUAAGGUCUGAAAUUGUGCAGAAUGUUCCAGCUAAGCUGCGCAAUACGCUUCUAAUAGAGGUCUCCAAAACUAAAGACCUACUGCCAAAGAUUCCCGUCAUUCCGUCAGCCGAAGUCGUCCAGAACGUCUCAAUGCACAAUAUGCCUCCAACAGAAGUUAUAAAACCUCAGGAUUUACGUCCGACAACUCGAGAUGCUCCAGCUGAUCUUCCGGGUUACAUCAAACCGUCUGAAACUGGUUUUUUCACUCUUUUCCAUAAAAACAUCAAAUAGCGAAUUUCAGAUGUACGUUCAACAAAAUUGUUGAAAAAAGCUACAAGGCUGGAGGCUCUCGUUGGCAAAAUAGCAAAACUCGGCAAUAAACGUUCUCAGAGACGCAAGAAAGAAAAAACCUUUCGUUCAAGCUCUUCUGUUUUCCUCGACAGAAAUGUGCGCAGCUUUUCUGCAAAAGGAGGUGCGUUAUUGACAUUUUUUUUAAAGUUAAUACAAUACGUUCAGAAAAACAAAAAAGUAAAGCAAGGAUCAUAAGAGUUUGCACGUCGAGUCGAUUGUCGGAAACCAGGAUGCAUCGCAGAAGGAGAGAAGCACAACUUGUACGUUUUCGAGUGCUUGUCUGAAGCAUGGUCCCCUUUUUUCCAAAUAAGACUUUGGUUCCACACGAAUACCCGUUUUCUUUCUUCUAUUUGGAGUUUCUCAAAACGUUUUAUUUUCAGAAAGGGAAAAAUGAGUUUAUGGACGAAGAUGAGUUGUGCUUGCAGCACAUGAAGGAACAGGUUGCACGCAAUCGAAAACAAACUGGAAGAGAAGGAUUACCUGCACUCCCGUUGCUUUCUAGAAAAACAUGUACUGAAAAAGUGGAUCAUCCCACCACACUAACUGCAAGCUCUUCCACAGUUCCUCAUCCGGACAAUGCCAUGCUAAUCACUUGCAGUGAUUCCACGGGCACACUGCUCAAAAAGUACAUCACAACUGAAACUAAAAAGGUCUGAUUUCAGUCUGGUUCUAUAUUUUUGAAAAAAUUGAUUGCUUCAGGGAUUUGGACAAAAUCUAGCCAAGAGCUCACCAAAAAUGGAUGAAGAAGGCCCUCAAAUCAAAAAAUUGAAGCGUUAG